GGAGUAUUAUUCUAAAUGAGGGAGAGAAUUUCAUUUUUAAAUUACAGUUAGAUAAUUUGUGCACAAUGGAAGAAAACAAAAAGGAAGCAGGGGUUAUAAUUUACUUAAAUGCAGAGUUAUAGGGGUCGUAUUCAGUUAAAUCCUCCGAUACUGUCUAGGUUUUUCUUUUCACAGUCUUUGUUACAAACUUUUCUUCGAUUAUUCUUGUGUGUCAAUGGUCAUUUGGUGUCAGUAUUUCACAACCGAUUAGGCAUUUGAGGACACAAUUUUUGCUAGUUGUCCAUUCUUAACUGCCGUGCAAAUGGUGGAAGCUUUUGUUCAAUCGGUCAAAGCACAAAUGAUAACAGCGAGUUAAAUAUUUCUCCAGCAGUUUCAUCUUCCAGUUUCCAUCUCAUCAAGCCUGUAGGCUUUUGUUCUUUCUCCAAUAGAACUAUUGUGUAACAAUCUUUUUCAUCCCCCUACUUAUACAUCUUCUCCCUGUUUCCUGCUGUUACUAAAAUUUUCAAAAUGCUAGUGGAUCCCAACGAGCAUCCAUCAUUUUACAAGCUCUUAUUUAAAGAAGAUUUUGUGGAUAAAAUACUAAUGCCGCCGGCCUUCAUCAAAGAAAACAAGAGUAUGUUGGCUAAGACCUGCUUAUUGAAAACGGAUGAAGGGAUUUUCUGGGAAGCAAAGAUAGUGAGGGAGAAGUGUGGUUACUUCAUAUGUGAAGGAGACUGGUCACAGUUUGUGGAGUAUCACAAACUGAAACAGGGGAACAUGUUGCUCUUCUUUCUCAUUGAUAAAUCAACGUUCCAAGUUUUGCCCUAUAAACAGAUACAUUUUAGAAAGCGUCCUGGGAGGCAAGUAUUUGAGGAACUCAGCAGUAGCUCACAAGAGGAGGAGGAGGAGGAAGAGCAAGAGGAGGAGGAAGUUGAAGAGGAAGAGGAAGAGGAAGAGGAGGAGCGAGAGGAAGGGGAAGGGGAAGGGGAAGGGGAAGGAGAAGAGGAAGAGGAAGAGGAAAAGGAAAAGGAAGAGCGAGAGGAAGAGGACAUCUCAGCUCCAAAAAUAUCAAAUAGAUUUGACAGACACUCAAUAGAUUCAUCCGAUCGUUAUGCACGAGUGGAAGAGGAAGAGCAAGAGGACAUCACACCUCCAAGAAAAUCAAAGAAAUGUAAAAGACACUCGAUACAUUUAUCUGAUUAUUAUGCGCGACUAUGCAAUGACUCAUCCAGUGGAUCCAAGGAUGGGGAAAGUCCAUCGUACCCACUUUCAGGAGGUAAUUCCAAUGCCAAUGCUGAUACCGAGCUCCACAAGAUGAAAGCUCCGGGACUAAAACUGUUAUUAAAGGCUUGUCAGGAGAAAUAUAAGAGGCCUGCAGAUUCUAUUUUUGGAUCGAGGCUAGGACGGAGGAGAAGAUUGAGGCGUAACAGGGAUCCUGACAAACCUAAGCAACCAACAACUGCUUUCUUUGUUUUCAUGGAGGAGUUCAGGAAGCAGUUCGGUCCAGGCAGGUUUGAUGUCUGCGCUGUUGGUAAAGCUGGUGGAGACAAGUGGAAUCAGUUGUCAGAAGCUGAGAAAGCUCCCUACAUAGAAGAGGCAAAGAAAAGGAAGGUUGAAUAUACAGAAAACAUGAGGGCUUAUUACGAGCGAAAGGCUAGUGAAGCAGCUCCCAAAGAAGAGGAAUCUGACAAGUCGAGGUCCGUGGUUGUUGAGGAAGAUGAGGGUGGUAGGCAACUGAACAAGUUUCCAUGGAUGAGGAAGCAUGUAAUAUCUUCUGCGUACAGGUGCAGUAGAAGAGAAGGAAGCUGAGAAUGGAAGUGAAGGAAAUGGUUCAAAGAAGAUCAGCUCAAGUAUGACCUUCAACAAUAAAGAUCCAAACUUCAAAAUGGUUGUGAAAAAAGUCAGUGAUACAGGCCAACCUCUCAAGACUUACCUUAGAAGAAAAUAUCGAUGACGCAACGACAUUUUCUGCAGUUUUGGAAGCACACUUCAGAGGAAAUUGUCAACCACCAAAUCAAGUGGCAAUUGCUUCCUUGAACUGCUCCAACAGUUCAUUUUCUAGUUGUCUGAUGUAAUUCUUUAUCCUGUUGUGUUUCCUGUAAAUAUUUACUUAGGAUUAGUUUUCUGGUGUAAUGCAAUUUCAGAUUUUGAACCUUUGAAAUUCGUUCAAAUGUCAAACCCAGAUUGACACA